AUUCUCCAAGCCACGACGCAUGUUGGCUUUGAAAUCCAGGAGGUCAGAGUUGGCGCGCUUCUCUUGGUGGCCGGGAUGGGCAGUGGCAAGAACUGCACAUCCUACCGCGGCCAACUUGACAACGCUCUGGACAUGCAUUUUGAGGGGGCUUAAAGAUGAAGUUCAAAAGAUUUGGACAAGGAACAGGCGAUAUUCGCAGGGGGUGGAAGCUAGAGAGGCCUUGAAGAGACUGCUUUCUGCUGGAUGUCUCCCUCAGAUGCCUCCCGGAUGAAGAGCCUUUAUAGCUGCUCCCUCCAUAAUGAGCGUCGAUAUCAAAGUGCGCGUUGCCGAUGUACUGUGCAGUCUAUACCAAUCUGGGCGCGGACGAUUUUGCCAUUGCGCGGAGUCUGUUCCCUUGCCGAAGCGAUACCAACCUCCAAAGACAAGUAACUGUCGUCAGCAGUGGGUAGAAUCAGUGACGAGCGUGUACUGAUCCCUGCUUGCUCUAUCCAAUGUUGCCGGCCAAAAAUGAGCGAAAGCGUGCUCAAGUGAUGAAUCUACUUGCCAGGAAGGAAGAUGACGAAUCCCUCCCACCGGCCAAGACCAUCGGCCGCGGGGACGCUGCGAUGAAGCUCGCCCGCCAAGACCGCCUAAUGAUGUCCCUCAAAAGACCAACACCCCAGACGCCGCGUGUCAUUACUAUCUAGAAGCCACUGAUUGGCUUGGCUUUGAGGAAAAUUGCGAUGAUCUGCACAUCAGGGCUUAAUAUUCAUCCGGUAUCAAUCAGCGCAAAUGUGAUUCGCGACAAGUUGGUGGCUUUAGCUCGUGGUCCUGGCGCAGGCGUGCUGAGUACUUACGGAGCAAUACCCGUAGGCUUGGCGAAGCCAAGGCCUGUUUACAGCCCUAGGUCCAGACUGGCUGUGAGUCGCGCUGUCUGGCAGGAAUUUCGGGCCCCGAGGACCCCAUGAUCCCGCUGCAAUUAUCCCGCUGCCGACUCUCACAGAAGUGUGCGUGUUUCAAUUAUAUGGUGGCUUGUGGGGACCCCAGAUGACUUUUCCACGGAGACCGGAA